CCUGACGCCGCCUGACGCUGCUCAAACGUGGAGGGAAGAACACGGAGAGACACGCUCGCCGCUGAUUGCGCGGCUCUAUUGUUAAUCCGGUGAAAUUUACGGCUCUGCCGACAUAUUUAGUGCAUUUGUACCGAGAGGGAGGGACUGUUUGUUUCUCCGGGAGUCUUCAACCACAGUGUCGGUGGUCGAAAGGACUUUAAAGUGUGAGAGGAACUGUCCAUUUCAAGAGUGUGAACCUCCUGGAUAUAGUUACCAACAGCAGCAACCCCGACGUCCACACAUUUUGGAGGGAAUGAAACCGGAUGGGGUUACUAUGGAAACCACGGAGCCCACUGAAGCUGCAGCAGAAGCAGAACCUUCCGUGUCACAGGACAACAUAACAGAGCAAGCCUCAUCCCAACCAGAGCAAGCCGCAAAUGGUUCAGCACCCAGCGCUGCUCCGAAGACCAAUGGUAAGCCAGAGGCUGCAGAACCCAAAGUCAAACCACAAGCUGCUGCAUUGAAAACUCAAGCCGUACCUAAAACAGCAGGAGCCUCAGGAUCCAACUCCCAGCCCGGUGCUGCGUCACACCGCACAAUGAAUAAUGUCCCCUCUUCUAACAGUAAUUCUGCAAAGACGACCGCAGUCAGGAAAACUGCAGCAGCAACUUCAGCAAAAGCAUCAGCCUCAGCAGCAGGGGCCGUAUCCAAAAGACCAGUGCGUGUAGCACCGGUUUCCUCCACAGUCAAGAACCAAACCAGGGUGCCUGACAAGAAGCCUGUUGGACCAACCAGGACUACGUCUGUUGCUGCUGCCACAGCAACAAAUGGUACCAAAACAGCGGUGAAUGGAGCACCUAAGAGAAAAACAGUGGCUGAGACUGCAGCUAAUGCAGCUAGACCUAAAAACAUGGCUCCUGCCAGCAGACUGGUGUCAUCCACUGCCCCAAAACCCAGCACUUCAACUCUAUCAAAAGCUGAGGGUGGUGCCAUUUCAAAGACCACCAGGACUUAUACAGGUCCCUCAACAUCUCGACCUGCAUCCUCCACAUCCAGGUCCACUCCAUCCACAACUAAGCCCUCCACCACUGCAACAGCCAGAACUGCUGCUUCUAGAGUCACCACAGCACCCCCUACUGGCAGGACCAAAGCAGCACAGCCCCCAAAAACAGCUGCUGUGAAGAAAGAUGUUAGUCGUCCACCCACUACUGCAGUGGCUAAGAGACCAGCAACAGCUACGACGUCAGCUGCUGCCAAAAUACCCGACAGCUCUAAACCCACGGCCACCGUAAAGGUAAACUCGGCCUCCAAAUGGUCUGCAACAACAAAAGCAGCAGAUCCCAAGAUGUCACAGCCCAAAAUUCAACAGCCUGCUAAACUUACUCCCACAAAGAAACCUGGUGUAGCCGCAACUCGGUUUCAAGCCAAUAACAAACUGCCCAUCGGUCGGACCCCUCCUGCCUCUCCAGCCAAUAAACCUGGAAACAGCAGCACCCCUCAGGCAAAAUGUGGAACCAAACCCACUCAGGCUGUCUUACCUUUCACUGCCAUUAAGAAGACCAGUACCACCAAAUCUUUAGCACAGAGUUCUGCUGGUGCUGGUGCUGCUGGUGCUGGUGCAGCGGUAGCAGCUGUGACAGCAGCAACUGUGCUAGCAGAAGUGCAAACAGAGACAACAGUAGCUUUACCACAAGAUUCCCCCGCUGUUGUCACUGCACCAGAGGAGGCCCCUCCCCAAGCCUUGGCCGAGAACAUACCACCAGAGGUGAUACCUCAGGAGACUAUUCGAAGCCAUUCAGCUGCCCCCUCUCCUCCACAAAGCCCUGUCAGGACAGCCUCACCAGAGACCGCUCCGCCCCAGGAACAGCUAGAAAGCAGUGCUCCUCCUUCACUAAUAACACAGGAGCCGGUCUCUGCUCUAGUUGAGCCUACAUUACCACCAGUGGCCUCUCCUCCAGACCCCUCCGAGGCGCUCAUUUACCUGUUAACAGAUCAAACCACCUCCACAUCUAAAGCUCUCCCAGCAGCAAUCCCUCAGCUAGUUCCCCCCACCAAUCUAAAUGAAGAGGAGUAUGAAGAGGAGAAGGACGGAAGCUUGCCGGUUUCUCUGUCAGAAAUGAGUGGGACCACACAGCCCACGGAGGAGUCUCGGCCUGGGUCGGCUGGACCAGCAGGUGGCUCUCUUUGGAGGGCUGGUGGUCCUUUGCUCUCUGAGCUGGACUCUGAGGAGGUUAGUGGCAGCCAGCAAGGUGCGUCUGAAUUGAGCGCCCCCGGGGUCCUUGAGGGCGCAGAGAGCAUGGAUGAUUUGGGAGAUGGCAGUCUGAAAGGAGCCUCAGCAGGCUCACCUGACUUUGAGAAGGUUCCUGACAUUCCAGUUAAUGACUUUGAAGACGAUGACGAUGAGGACGAUGAUGACAAUGAUCGGGUGUGUGACAUGGACGUGGGCUCAGAGCGGAUAGACGAACUGCUGAGACCCCGCCAUGACAAUGAUGUGGUGGAUGAGGAGGAUGACGAAGAUGUGGAGAUGGCCAGUGAGGGGGUGACAGAGAGCGGACUGGAAAGCUAUGGGAAUGCAGAUGAAGAUGACUUUGCAGAGGAUGAAAGGCUGGACAACUUGAACAGGGUGGCCCAGCCGCCCCCUCCCCCUCAGCUGCCAUCCGCCCCGGCUGCACAGUGGGACCAACCAAACCCAUUUGCUGAUCACUGGGCAGGACCGCUUCAGCCACAGCAGCUUCUUGAGCACAUCUCCCAGCCACAGGUGGCAGGAGCGGCUGCAGCGAGCCCUUUGGUAGACCCCUGGCAAGCAGACUCCGAGACCCCGACUCAGUCCCCAGCCCAGCCCUGGCUAGAACUAGGCACUGCUCCUUUUGUUCCUGAAAACCAACAAGUUCACCCUCAUUCCUCAGCCAAGGAUCAAAUGUACAUGGAUCAGCCUGGCCCAGCCCCAAUGCAGACCCUGGCCCCUGCUCCACUCUCUUCCACAGGAAUGUCUCUGUCAAGCACGCUGAGCAGUGAGACCAGCACUCCAGAAGAACUGGGUGACUACAAUCGAGAGGGGAAGCCUAAGCCUCAAGAUUUGCGAGCCCCGGUGCUCUCUCCCCAGCUUGGUUUAGAUGACCAGGACCUGGGCAUCGACUUGGAGAGAGGAGACGGAGAAGGAGAGGAGGAGGCUGAGGCGGAGACCCUGCCUGCUGAUGAAGUCCUUGGAGGUCCUGCGACUGCCCCCACUUCCAACCCCUCGUCCUCCUCAGUAACGGAAGAUGAAGCCAGCGACACAGAGGGAGAAGCCCAGCUGGAUGAUUCUUUGGAGAGUCCAGCUGUCAUCCAUAUGACCUUUGACAGCCAGCCUCCAGCCCAGCGCUGCCUGUCCACUGUGGAAGAAGGCGAGGAGGUUGAGAUGGUGGAAGGGUGCGUCGGCGAAGACACAACCCCACCUUCAGCUACCUCAUUGGCAUCUUAUGGCUUCGACACCAUGACCACAGCUUCGAACUCCAACGCCCAGUCCACAGGGGAGAGUUGCAUCAAGAGUCCUGGCAUCUUCUCCCUGGAGGAGCUGCCUGAGGAGGCCAAGGAGCCCUGUUUCACCCCGCAGCCUCUCACCCAGUCAUGCCUGGCGGAGCAGCAGUACAUCGAGUGUGGGAAGCAGGAUGCAGAGUGUGCUGAGCAUGCAGAGGAGGAAGUGCUGGGGUCAGAAGAAGCCCCAGAUCCUUCAGCAGCUCAGAGCAUUUUGCAGCAACCAGAAGAAAAUCCAGAUGACAUGCAGCCUCCGUACUAUUCAGCUAUCUGUGAAAAGACUGAGAACUCUUUUGCAGGCUUCACUGCACUACCGCAUCCUCACCGCCGCGAUCACUCUACACACCCCAGAACCUACUGCGACAUCGUCAAACCUAUCACCGCUGCGGUUGCCCCCCCGAGGCUGACCUGCGCCGACCUCCCGCCCAGGAACGUUGGGCAGCAGGCGCUCAGUCCCCAGCUCCGCAGGCUGGAGCAGCACCAGAGGCAGCUGCUGGAGCUGCAGCAUCGCAGGGAGCAGCAGAGCAGACCGCUGGAGGAGGUGGAGCAGGAGAGGAAGAGGAGGGAGGAGGAGGAACAGAGGAGGAAGAAAGAGGAGGCUGAAGAGGAAAUAAAGAGGAAUAAAGAAGAGGAAGAGAGGAAGAUGCGAGAGCAGGCGGAGGCAAUGAAGAAGAAGAAGGAAGAAGAAGAAAAGCAGAGGAGAGACCUAGAGAUGCAGCUGCAGCAGCAACAAGAGGAGCUGAAGCAAAGACAGCAAAUUAUGCAGUGGCAACAAGAGCUACAACAGUCUAAUAAAGGUCAAACGGUGCUGCUGUCCCCUUCCUCUGGUCUCUGCACCAUUUAUGAAGCUCUGGAGAACAGUGAUGAAGAGGCUGGUGGUGAAGACGAGGGGAUAAAGGAGCUCAAGCCCAUGAAAGAGAAGAAGGAGCCCAGGCAAGAGAUAGGUCAGGAGAUAGACGAUAACUGUGAAAGGGUGACGUCAGAUGUAGAGGAACAUCAAGACUCUUCACCGUCCAACGAGACCCCCCCUCCUCACCCAGACUCCCCUCACACACCCAGCAAUCUCUCCCAGGAUGAAGACAGCUCCUCUCCUCCAGAUUCUCCUGAGCGACCUCCACCCCUGGACCUGGAUUGGGGGAAGAAGGUGGACAUAGUGCAGCAGCUCAUCAAUCAGACCUUGCUGCUGAAUGGAGACGGCUGCUCCUCCCUGCUGCUGCUGCCAGGGGGCGCAGGAGGCACGCUGAGCCCCCUGGAGAGCAGCCUGUGGCCCAGCCUGCUGCCUCCGCUCACACCUCCCUCUGCCACCGUCACCUCUGUCAGUAGUUUCUCCCCAGAAGCCACUGGGAGUGCCCCACAGGGAGAGUGGACAGUGGUGGAGCUGGAGACACAUCACUGAGGGAGUCACACACAUUAAAUAACACAUCUGUACACACGUACACACAUUAAUGACUAGAAGAAGCACACAUACACAUAAUGUAGAUAUGAAUGCAGAGCAGCUCACAUUUACUGCCCUGUUUCUAUAUACAAAUUGAUAUUUACUUUCAGAGAACAGCCACACAGACUGAAGUGAAUAUAUGGGCGGAGCAGUGUGAAGAAGAAAUGCAAUAAUCAAAAGAAAUUCUUCCAAUACUGAUAUACGUCACCACAUCUGUUCAAGUACAUUGUCUAACUGAUGUGUAUUACCGUCUGAAAGAGAUUGUGAUUGUAGUGUUAUACAAAAUACUUCAGUCCACAAUGAUAUCAAUAAUAUCAAUUUCCUGCCCAGCCCUCUAAAUAGACCCAUAAACAUGUGGUGCUGUAGAUUCACCUAUAUGACAGAUUUCUAACUUUACUGUAUAAACAAGCACAUACAACACACAAUGCCUGAUGGUGCUACAGGUUCCACUUUUUCUUUAAGUUUAUUGAGCUGUUUCUCUGUUUAGUGAUGCAAAAAGGUAAGAAGCUUUCUUGUCCUGAAUUAGACUCUAAGGUAGCAUCCACUGCCAGGUUAUAUACCGCCUACAACAUGCUAAAUAGAGUAAAUGGUCAGGAUUAUCUAGAAGCUGAAGAUGAGAUUAAAGUUUACGGUUGCAGUCAGUUCUAAGGAAAUACCAGUAAAGCAGGCCGACAUUGUAACUUAAGAACAAGUCCUUAACCAGCACUUUAGAAAUUCCCUUUUAAUAUCUCCUAAAUUAUUUGGAUUUUUACAAAAAAAAAAUUCUCCACAAUGAAAACUGUUAAAAACUCAACACUGCCAUUACAAUUCUGGAGACAUUCAAUGUCAUAAAAAUUAUAUUUCUGAGCACCAAGCAAAAUGUGUCAAAUAUGUUUGGUCCGAAUUCUUUGAUCAAAUAUUUACUGCCUUAAAUCAGGAAUCUAUAUGAAGGCAAAACUUUUAUUUUGAUACAUUUUCUCAAAAGAAAAAAGGGUCAAAACAUGCACAUGUUUAAAACCAAUAGUGUUACGCAGCUCUACUUCUUUAUUGAUUUAUUUUUGUCAUAAAUUUGACCUUGAGGCCAUUAAGUCUAAAUGUAUUAGAACCAAAAUAAUUAUGCAAGUUUUGUUUGCGAAAAGCAGGUUGCUCAAAGCCUUCAAACAUGAAAAGAAAAUUCAGACAAUGUAUAACGUAGGUGUCCUCAAUGAUGGUUGUGUCCUUACCUCGGAGUCUCUUCUCAGGUCAAGAAAGUCCUGGGUCUCAUCUCUGCCACCCAGAAACCAGAAGAGACAAACAUAACAUGACACCAAACUUAAACUCAGCACCUCUCUUACCUCACACCCUCAAACACAAAGUAUAUUACAUUUCACCCUCCAAACUCAAACGCACACCAGAAGCUAUAUAACACAAUCCCAUGAUACGUCACUGCUACUGACUAACAGGGUGGAACUUUUCUUCAUGCCAAAUCUCUGUGCCAUGGGUGACCACAUACAUGCACGCACACAAACACGCCGAUGGUGCCAAGGUAAACCGAAGGACAUGGUUUGAUUUUUUGUGUUCCUCACCUGUAGCUCCUUUUAUUUGAGUCCAUAACUGUUUGUACGUGUCGACGUGCGUCCUUUAUCACCUUAUUUUGAUGUGAGAAAACACUGGAGAUGUCUAGCUAUUGAAUAGUGAAGAUCUUGAUAAGGUUGCACUUUUUAAAGUUCUUAAGUUGCUCACACAUGAAAUUGGUCUCAAUUCAAAUUUGUUAAUUAUUGAGGUUUAGAAAUGUUUUAUGUUAGAGUUGGAAGAGAAUCAUCCCAUUUGAUCUCUGAGCUGUUUUGGAUUUGUGAUUUCUUGCCAAAGGUCAGUAUGAUAUGUAAACGUUUGAAACACUGAUGAGGUUUUAGUUUUAUGUACAUAAUUGUGUGAACAGAUGAGAUUUCUUAGUGAUUAAAUACUGCUGAAGGUUAGUUUUUGCAGGAAUGGUAGCCGUCACUGCUCUGUAGCACCACAUUAACGGAUUCAUGGGUGUCGUGUUGCUGAGGUCCUCAUGCUCACAUUUUAGAUGAUGUCACUUCAGUCACACAGACUACAGAUAGAUGACUGCCUUUAAGUUCACAGUGACUGGUCCAUGACUAACUCUGGGUUUUACCCGAUACUGCUGUGAAGGUCAGGGGUCACCUUAUUGUGUGAUAUGAGAAUAAGGAGGAUUAUUAAAAGGGAGGCAAAGCGGAAUAUCAGGAUCUAAUGGGUUUUUUACUGUGUAGUAUUGUUGAAACUGUGAUGAGCUGCAGUACGAAAGUGUGUGUGAGUGUCUGUCUCGCUGGUUUUAAGUGUUCAUAUCUGUGGAUGUUGGCCUGUUGUGUGGAUAAGGUGCGUUUGUCAGUCAGUGUUAUUUAAGGCUGUCAUUUCAAGCUUCACUUUAUGAUGUCACAGGUCUGAAGACAAAGGGAGUCUUUUAGGCCAAAUUUGGUGAUUUCUCACACCUCUUAUAUCUAACUUUUUUUUAACUCUUUUUUUUUUUUUAAAGAAGAAAAAAAAGGCAAUAGACGUGUAUUUCCUCUCAUGUCCAUUUGUGUCUAACAAACUGAAUUAAAAGCAGAAACUGAGGAGCUUAACUGAUACUUGCGACAGACAUCGGAUUUUUCACACUACUGAUCCAGCAGGGAAAAAAUUCCCUUCACCCUUAUUGGCGAGUUUGUCAACUGUCUUAUCAAAGCCUCUGUGUAGCAGGUGUUGAUGCAGAUAUGUUUGCAUUCCCGUACCUUCAGGCAUGACACAUAACGCUCACUGCAUUUUUGACAAAGCUGGACUUUUAAAACUUGCUCUCUUAAACAUCGUGUCUAGUGUUUUUGUAAGCAUUUCUGUUUAUAUUGUUUAAGAAGACUGCUCACUGUAAUGAAGGGAAACCCCACUUACAUUUUGUACUUUAGAGAUUUUAGAAGUAUAGUAGACCUUUAAGAGUCAUAUAUACAUUUUUAUUGCAAUAGAGAAUGAAGGAUGUUGGGUGUAAAUGGUAGAUAUUAUUCUUUCGUUGUUAGUAAAUUGCCUUUCUUAAUGUCCACUCAACAGAGCCAAUGGGCUGAAUGGUUACAAGGUCAACCUGAACACAGUAGGCUGAGUGAACAUAUUUAAUUUGUUAUUUAGGCUCAAAAUGGUUUAAUAAUCUUUCGCUUUGGAUUUUAAUUUAUUGAGAAUGAACUGAGGCCUGUGAGCUCUAAUUUAAAUGGUUUGAUGAACCCGUUAAAAUGAAGUAAAAUUGGGUGUUCUGCCCAAAUCAUGGCAGCUUGUUAUAAAGUUUUUCUUGUUUUCUUUAACUUUCUGGAAAGACAGAAAUCUGUGAUUGUGUGUAAUUAUUCAAAUGCAAU